AUGUUUUCAGUCUUAGUUGUCCCAACUAUACUGGCAAGUUCAGAAUAUGCAGCUCUAACCCCGGUUGAGGAAAUUCAUCCCUUCAAGCUGCUGAUCAUUGAGGAAAAGCUAGAUGAACUUAUGAAAUCUAUAAGUAAAACUAUAAAGGAGAUUGAACGAAGUACAGCUGGGUGCAACAAGAAUAUUAUGAAUGAUAAAAUACUUAAAUAUGCCUGGAACUUAUCAAAUAUCCCAUUGAAGAAUUUUCCCGUUUUAAUAGAGCAUAUCGAAUGCCAAAUAGUUGAUAUUCAAAAGAGCAUUGCUGAUCACAUUAGCAAAAUAAAUGAAGUCAAAGCAAGAAAGACGAAGAGCACGAAGGAGGUGAAGAGCGGUGUGAAAACGGAGCAAUUUUUAUUUAUUGACUGUCUUUAUUGUCUUAUCGAUUGGAGGUCGAGAAAGAAAUUUGGAAGACUGUUUGAUCCAAAAAUCUUAAUAUUUAUAAAAAAACUCGAAAACAAGGCUGCUUAUAAAGUGUAUUGUUUAAAAAAUGAGAUUGAAGACAUAAAACAAAAGAUACGCGAUGUUUUAAAGAAGAAUGUCGAGUUUGUUGACGAGCAUUUAAUCGAGACAUCAAAGGAAAAGAAAAAGGACGAGGAGGACAUUGUUUACAGCAAUGGAGACAACACCAAGCUAAUAAGUGUCAACUUGAUGCCAUUGCUUGGCCAGUGCCUUGAACUAUGUUUAUUUGUGGCUGUCUUGAGGGGCUUUGUGGAGAUUUUGAACAAGUAUGGACUACCGCCUGAUUUUAAGUACAAAAUUAUGAAAAGUGGCAGUGUUGAAAAAGAAUUGAAGAAAUUGAAGAGGAAAAGUAAGGAAGAAAACAUCCAUGAUAUGGUAGCCAUCGUAGAUCUGCCAUUUUAA